AUGGUUUCAAAAUUUAUUCCUACUUCUUUGUUUUUACUUGUUCUUUUCUUCUUGCUUCUUAUGAGGGAGACUUCUGGUUGUAGUUCUUCAUAUGCAUGCUUUGAUGCUAAUGGAGGAAGUUUAAAACUUAGUCAUAACAGGAAGAUGCUGUCUAGUUUGGAAGUUAAGAAAGCUAUGUUGAAGGUUAGUGUUGAAGCAUCUUCAGCAAGGAUGAAGAAAAGUGAGAAGGAAGUGACUGAAGAGUUGAGGAAGGUUCCUACAGGCCCAGAUCCACUUCAUCAUAAUAGCAUUGGCAAUCCUAUUAAGCCUCAAACUCCUUAAGUUUAUGAAGAA